AUGGCGUCCCAAACACCAGCCGUUGUCAUGGACAAUGGAACUGGCUAUUCUAAGCUUGGUUUCGCCGGUAACGACUCCCCGUCAUUUGUAUUUCCGACUGCAAUUGCAACCAAGGCUGGUGCUGGAAGUACUGGUAGCUCUGGGGGCGGCCGACCCCCAGUCGCAAACAAGCCCUCGUUCCUAGGCGCUGGCAGUGGGAGCUCCAACCUGUCUGCAAAGCGUGGCACGGAGGACCUGGAUUUCUUUAUUGGCGAUGAAGCGCUGGCUGCGGGCAAUGGUCCAGGAUAUGCCGUUAACUACCCGAUCCGGCACGGACAGAUUGAGAACUGGGACCACAUGGAACGAUUCUGGUCGAACUCAAUCUUCAAAUAUCUGCGCGUGGAGCCCGAGGACCACUACUUCCUACUCACCGAACCUCCUCUGAACCCUCCCGAGAACCGCGAGAACACCGCCGAAAUCAUGUUCGAGUCGUUCAACUGCGCCGGUCUUUACAUUGCUGUACAAGCAGUGCUCGCCCUUGCUGCCUCAUGGACAUCCUCAAAGGUGACGGACCGAUCCCUGACUGGAACGGUCAUUGACUCGGGUGACGGUGUUACCCACGUUAUCCCUGUCGCCGAGGGCUACGUCAUCGGAUCCUCUAUCAAGAGUAUCCCGAUUGCCGGACGAGACAUCACAUAUUUCGUGCAGAGCUUGUUGCGUGACCGUGGAGAGCCCGAUAGCAGCUUAAAGACAGCAGAGAAAGUGAAGGAGGAGUACUGUUACGUCAGCCCCGAUAUUGUCAAGGAGUUCGCACGUUAUGACCGCGAGCCAGAUCGCUUCCUGAAGCACACCGUCACUGCGCCGAACGGGCGGAGUGUAAGUAUCGACAUUGGAUACGAACGUUUCCUCGCCCCGGAGAUCUUCUUCAACCCCGAAAUCUACUCGUCCGACUUCCUCACCCCGCUUCCCAAUGUUGUUGACGGCGUCAUCCAGUCCUCCCCCAUUGACGUCCGGAGAGGUCUCUAUAAGAACAUUGUGCUGUCUGGUGGUUCUACUCUGUACAAAGACUUUGGCCGUCGUCUACAGCGUGACAUUCGUCACUUGGUGGAUGCACGAAUCCGUGCCUCCGAGGCUCGCAGCGGUGGCGCACGGAGUGGUGGUCUCGAUGUUGCCGUUGUCACUCACAAGCGCCAGCGCCAUGGUCCCUGGUUCGGGGGUAGUCUGCUGGGCCAGACGCCUGAGUUCCGGAGCUACUGCCACACUAAGGCGGAGUAUGACGAGAUUGGUCCUAGCAUUGUGCGGCGGUUUGCGCUGCUUGGUGGCCCGGGAAGCUCGUAA